AAACUGUAAAGAUCGCACCCGGAAGUUCAGCUCGCACGAAAAGAUUCAAAAGAAAAUUGCUGAAGAAAACGGGACUUGCAACUGAAACCUUUGUCACAGUUGUCCCUCAAAGUAUCCAAUAUCAAUGACUGGAAAAUUUGAAGAAAUCAAAUACGUUUGCCACAUUUACCCGCAGGUACGUAAAAACAUAAUAAUACAACUUUUACAAGCCUGAUCCUUGACUGAUUAACAGGUUGUUCUGGUAGUUGUAGCUCACAAAUGCGCCCUCAAACGAUAAAUGCAAGAACUGCACCUUGCAUUUAUGAUGACAUACCACUGAACCUCUCUUGUCGAAACUACGUGUACAUCUCUGACUAUUAGCCAGUUGCAUGGUAUUCAGUGAUAAUUUUGCUGACACGAUUUCGCGUGUAACAGGCAGGAAGCCCUCUGGUUGUUUGGUCCAUCUUUUGAACUGGGUUGGAAAAGUGCCAAAGUUCUGGGCACUGCUGCGCAAUACGUGGGCGUCAAGUUCGCUUCCUGUUCUUGCUGAAACCAUGACGAGGAAGUUUGGCCCCAAAAUCAGAGUAUACCCACAGCAGUCGGACAGAACCUAGCUAUCUUCUUACGUUGUAGUUGCCUUGUGUGGAGAGAGCAGUACUACAGGAUUGAAGAGCACAUUUUCUCUGUGAAGGUCACCCCACUUGCUGUACGUGUGCACCUGCUCAACAUGGGGAAAACAUUUCAGUGUUUUCGGAUGCAUAUUAGUACUCUUCUAAUGCUGUUUGUAACAGGCGGGCUGCUACCAACCAUGGCUAAUGAAGGAUGUCCAGUUGUACGACUGUCUGGCGAGUACUACUAUCAACGUAGACAGAUGACGACCUACAGUGUGACCAGCCAGAGAGUCGGAAACAGACCUGUCUACGAGAGUGACACGACAAAUAAUUUCUUGUACUACCUGGAGUCACCGAACGCUUGGCUUGUCGGGCCUACACCUGGACAAAACGGAGCUCUCCUCGCAGCACGUGAUAGUGCAGCUUUGCCAGAAUUGAUCAGUGGAGGAACAUUUGAAGUACUGUCGAGUUCGCUAGAAUUCGUGCCGGUCCCAUACCUACGUGUAUCCUGUUCAGUUCCAGGAUAUGUCGGCUGCUAUCGCGACGAUUUUGCGUCGAAUGAAGAAUGGCAGUGGACGAGAAGUAGUAUAACCAUAGAAACCUGCAGGCAGAGCUGUAGGGACGGAAGCUUCAGAUACACGGCGCUCUAUGGAGACCAGUGCUGGUGUGUGACUAACAUCAAAGCCGGGUUCACCAGACAAUCACAACCCCGCUGUGACUGGCCAUGUGGUGGAAAUGCCUCGCAGUUCUGUGGACAAAUCAGAACAUCGACUACAUAUGGAUACAGCGAAGUUUAUACAACUAUUACCGACUGUGGCCCAGUGCCUGUGACCCCAGGUGUGACCUCUGUCCACCCGUCUGACGGAGCGAACAUCACGGUCGGACACACGGCAGAAGUGGACUGCUGGGAUGGCUCUACAGUAACCGUGGAGUGUCUUCAAAACGGAAGCUUCAGCUUGUCCAGUCCUUUCUGUCCAGAACCGACAACAGCCAUCAUGGAGACAUCAGAGGCCUCAACAAGUGUGCCACCAGGCAUUCACACUGACAUGGCCGGACGGUCAGGCGACAGGUCCACAAGUAUCAUCCCUAUUGUCGCCGGUGUAGUCGUGGGCCUGGUCUUUAUCGUGAUCGCUGCAAUUGCCGCUUUAUUCAUUGUGAGAAAAAGAAACGCAGGCUUGGCUCAAGAAACGCCAACCUCCCCACAAAGGGCUACAAAUCUGCAUAACAGCACCUAUCAUGAGCCUGUCAUGAGCGACGUCGUCCUAAUGGAUACCGGGGCCCAGUACCUCCCCAGUACGGGGGGACCGAACACCCCUACCGGUCAGCCCGCUGGAGCCGGUACAGACAGCGAACCACAGUAUUCCACCAUCCCGGAGUUCUACAGCAUCGACGAAAUGGAGAGAAAAGGCGCGAAGACGCCACAGAACAACAACCUAGACCAGCUCUACAGCAAGCCUGUGAAGAAAAGGAAGGACAAUAAUGAGGAAGGCAUGGUGGAUAACGUUCUGUACGAAAGUUCUGAUGACGUCAUUGAUGGAGAGGGACACACUGGCUCUAACGGCCAUGGUCGUUAUGUGGACAAUGAUUUGUAUGGAUAAACGCCGAUAUGAACAUCCGUAUAGUUUGUAUACAAACUGUGAACAAAACUUUGUGAUUUUACUACGUGUUUGCCUUUCUUGACACCAAAAGACGUUACACAUAACGUUACAGGUCUGAAAACUGUUAAGCGCACAUCUAUGUAUGUCUCUACUUUGUACCUUUUGCAGAUAGAAGAUUUGUUGUUGUAGUUUUAAUGUCAUUUACGCUAGCAAACGAACGGGCGUUACUCCUCCUGAUAUGCAUCAAAUAUUAGCUGUGUAAACUAAACUGAAUAUCAAAAUAAUUGCAUUUGUAUUAAAUGCUUUUAUGACAUUA